UGGUUCUACUUUUAUCAAUUGUCUCCCGAAGCAUUACCUGUGCCAUAAUUUUAAUUCACGAUGAUUGCUCUCUUCCUAUAUUUAAAUUGAUAGGAUCGUGACGGAGAGAAAAUCCGAGUUUUGCCGUGUUACGGUAAAAAAAGAAACACUUUUGCGAAGGUGCUUUCUGGGUAAUAUUCUUGUUGAAUUCGCAUCUCAAUUUCCACAUUUCUUUCUCUUUCAUUAAAAUAAAAAUUCUCGAAACCAAACUCAAAGACGUGUUGAGCUGUUACCCUUUCCAUUUUGAAUCCUAUGUUUUCAAUUUUAUUUUUUUUCAUUUUGAAAUUGAAAUUUCCAUUUUCCAACAUCGCUCGCUCCCUCCGUUGUUGUUAUUAGUUGGGUUUUUUAAGACACCGUUCGUUGCGAUUGUAGCUGAGAGGGCCCUGUUUCGUACCACUCAUCCAAACAAGUCACAGUGUUCUCGCUCUUUCUUUCUCUGAAAAACAUUCCCCGUAUAAGCUUUCUCCGAAUGUCACAAUGUCUUAGCGACGCCUCUCUCUGCUUUCUUCCUCCACGCAUCUGUCACCGUUAUCAUUCCUCGCUCUCAUUUCGGUCCUGACAAUGAGAUCAAACUCGUAGUAGUGUUUUACUACCAGUCUUUUUUCUCCUCCUUUAGCUUUCGAAAAAAAAAAAAAAAAGAAAAACAGAGAGGGACAUUUUAUUAUUAUAUAAAUAAUACUACAUCUUUGUUGUGUUGGUGAGAUCAAAAGCGAAAAUGGCACCACCGUUGUUCAAUUGGGGGGUGAAGGACACUCACAGGGGAACCCCUGUGGUGGUGAAGAUGGAGAACCCAAAUUGGUCGAUGGUGGAACUCGAGGGUCCCGAAGAAGAAGACUUAAUGCUAACAAAUUCACCUUCUUCGGGCGUUUCAAGAGACAAAGGGAGGGGCAAAAAUGCCAAACAGCUCACGUGGGUUCUCCUCCUCAAAGCGCACCGCGCCGCGGGUUGCUUAACCUCCCUCGCCCCGGCAUUGGUGGGCCUCGUCGCCGCCGUGAAGCGCCGCGUCGCCGCCGGAAAAACCGACGCCGACACCGGCGGAGGCAGGGAGAACGAAAACCCCGCCGUGAAGACGCGCUUCUAUUCCUGCAUCAAGCUCUUCCUCUGCCUCUCCGUGGUCCUCUUGGUUUUCGAAAUCGCCGCGUACUUCGAAGGGUGGUAUUUCGGCGCGGCGAGGUUUCAGCUGGAGCAUUUGCUGUGGGCACCGUCCUUCGGAGUUAAGGGUUUCUUCGAUUGGCUCUACGCAAGGUGGGUUUUCGUUCGCGUGGAGUAUCUCGCUCCUCCUCUGCAGUUCUUGACCAAUGCGUGCAUCGUGCUCUUCCUUAUCCAGAGUAUGGAUAGGCUUGUUCUCUGUUUGGGGUGUUUCUGGAUCCGGUUUAAGAAGAUCAAGCCUGUCCCCAAAGGUGGGGGUGUCGUAGAUCUUGAAUCUGGAGAAGAAAAGGGUUUCUCUUUUUCCCCAAUGGUGCUCGUGCAGAUCCCCAUGUGCAAUGAGAAAGAGGUUUAUCAGCAGUCGAUUGCGGCGGUGUGUAAUUUGGAUUGGCCGAAGGGGAAGUUGUUGAUUCAGGUUUUGGAUGAUUCGGAUGACCCAACGACGCAGUCGUUGAUAAAGGAGGAGGUGCAAAAGUGGCAGCAAGAGGGUGCCAACAUUUUGUACCGGCAUCGUGUGAUUAGAGAUGGGUACAAGGCUGGGAAUUUGAAAUCCGCCAUGAAUUGUAGCUACUUGAAAGACUACGAGUUUGUUGCAAUUUUUGAUGCAGAUUUUCAGCCUACCCCGGAUUUUCUCAAGAAAACCGUUCCUCAUUUUAAGGAUAAUGAUGAUUUGGGGCUUGUUCAAGCGAGAUGGUCAUUUGUGAACAGGGAUGAGAACCUGCUAACGAGGCUGCAGAACAUUAACCUGUCUUUUCAUUUUGAGGUGGAGCAGCAAGUCAAUGGGAUUUUCAUUAACUUUUUUGGGUUCAAUGGAACCGCGGGAGUGUGGAGGAUCAAGACUUUGGAGGAUGCCGGUGGUUGGUUGGAGAGGACAACUGUUGAGGACAUGGACAUUGCCGUCCGAGCUCAUCUUCACGGUUGGAAGUUCAUUUUCCUCAACGAUGUUGAGUGCCAAUGCGAGCUACCAGAAUCUUAUGAAGCUUACAGGAAACAGCAGCAUAGAUGGCAUUCUGGGCCAAUGCAACUGUUCCGUCUUUGUUUGCCUGAUAUCAUCAGGGCCAAGAUAAGUGUGUGGAAGAAAUUCAACAUGAUAUUCCUCUUCUUCCUUCUUAGAAAGCUGAUAUUGCCAUUCUAUUCAUUCACCUUGUUUUGUAUAAUCCUGCCUAUGACAAUGUUCGUGCCGGAGGCCGAGCUUCCUGCGUGGGUUGUGUGUUACAUCCCUGCUGCCAUGUCUUUUCUCAACAUUCUUCCAGCUCCAAAAGCCUUCCCCUUUAUCGUCCCUUAUCUCUUAUUUGAGAACACCAUGUCAGUUACCAAAUUCAACGCCAUGAUCUCGGGCUUAUUCCAGCUUGGUAGUGCAUACGAGUGGGUGGUCACCAAGAAAUCUGGUCGUUCCUCGGAGGGCGAUUUGGUUUCAUUGAUUGAGAAAGGACCAAAGCAUCAAAGAGGGUCCUCAGCACCUGAUCUAGAGGAAAUGAAAGAGGAACUUCGAAAGCAGGAGCAGCAAAAGGCCUCUAAGAAGAAGAAAAAACAUAACAGAAUAUAUAUGAAGGAGCUUGCUUUGGCUUUUCUUCUUCUAACAGCCUCAGCAAGGAGUCUUCUCUCUGCUCAAGGGAUUCACUUCUACUUUUUGUUAUUCCAGGGAAUAUCAUUCUUGUUGGUUGGUCUAGACUUGAUUGGUGAACAGGUGGACUGAAAGAAAAAUAAAAAUGAAAAAAUUUGACAGGACAGUGUACUUUUACAUGCACGGAAAAGCACAAAGGUGCGAAAGCCAGGCCUUAUGAAAUUACUGAAGACACUUAUUUGGGGGCAAUGGAGAGUGUAGAGGAGGACGGACCCAUAAUGCUGCUUUUUCUUGCUCAUGCUCCUCCCUCCAAGCUCGUAAAUCAAAUCCACCCAAUACGAUACUUUAUUGUGUUAUUAUGGACCGUAAAGGGCUUCAUUGGGAAAUGGGUGCAAUUGAGGCCAAUUCAACGUGUGUAAGUUUAGCCUUGUUUUUUUUUUUUGUUAAUUUGAUUCAUUUUUGUAAUUUUAUGUGGAUUCUUUUCUCGCCGGAUCAAUUCUUUUGUAAGAAAAUUUGUGGUUCAAACUUUAAACACCCGACACCCAUUGGGAUUUAUUUAUUUCAUAGUGAUAGUAAGCAGCAGCAACAUUAUUCUCCUUGUCAUGGUUCUUGCUACUUCCUCCACCGCUUGGUAUUCGGUAGUGCAAAUUCAAUAUUACUUAAAAA